GAAGAUGGCAAUGAAUUCCUGAAAGAACCGAAUAUUGUCUUUGUGUGCGACGAUUUUACGAACUGCUAUCGAUUCCGGUACCUUCGUUCAUGCGGAAAGCCAAUCAUUGGUCCAGCACUGAUCCGAAAACGUGCCGUAGAUGGCAAGCCAUUGUUGAUGCCUCGUCCGAAACGUCCGCUGUAUGUGGAUAGCAUGGAAGGUGUUCAUAUUACGUUAUCGGGACUUUCCUCAAAAGAUUGUUGCGAGGCAGUUGAUCUUGUACAUUUUAUGGGUGGUUGCGCACGACGAAAUUUUUCUCCCUCAACGACACAUCUGAUUACGGAUAAGGCCAAAGGACGAACUUACAGAGUAUGUAUUUUUUUUUUUUUUUUUGGACAAUUCCAGUCGAUUAUUUAG